AUGUAUAGAUUCUCACUUUCAACUCGGGAUUUUAAUACGCGAUUGAAAUUUAUUCGACAGGAUGGUAUUAAAUUUUAUGAUCCCCAUACCAAUAUUGAGCAAGUUCCUCGGGAUAUACAACCCACAAGAAUUCGAACAGAAAUGAUAUCAAAAACAUGGAAUAAUACGAUUAUCGAAUCAGAAAUCAAGUUUGAUAUAGUUUCCAGAAAUUUUUUUGGAAUACUUAGUCCAGAGGUCAUGAGUGUUUUGCCGGCGGACAUUCGAAGUAUUAUUGAACUUAUGAAUAACGAAGAGAUUACGCUAUAUGAAGGGAAUAAAUACCCUAUUGCAUUGAUGGACGGACAAUUCCAAGCUUCAUAUCCAUUACAUAAUUCAAGAUUUCUGCCUGACCCCUUCGCUAACGUAAACAAAUUUACGUCACCACUUAUUUCUACCGUUUCUUCGGUGACUAAUGUUAAUGAGGAUCAAUCACAUAAUCAGAACAAUAACCAGAAUGGAAAGAGUGGCCUACAAUUUAGUAAGGCUAACCCUCAAUAUAUCUGUGCGGUUAUAACUGCAACGACCGGAAUGCCAUGCAGGCGCGCCGUGACAGCAAAUGGGAAAAGAUGUAUGUAUCACAGGAGUACACCACGUGUGACUUGUCACACUGACGGGAAAUCAUGUACUAAUUCCGAAUCCGAAGCUUCACGUUUGGCUCAGCAAACUGUCGUGACAGAAUCUUGCACAAUUACUUCAGAUUCUAAUGCACAGUCCAUUAUCGCUCCUUCUGAGAAUGUUUGUGCACAGUGUUUAUCUGCUACUGUUCCCUCAGCAAUGAUUUCGCCUGAUGACUUAUUGCCAUGCCCAAAUGAUUAUACUAUCAAAUGUUCUCAAUGCCAACGUAAAUUUCAUCCGCUCUGCUUGACUCUUUCACAACCAAGGCUUUCAAGGCUUUUAGUAGCAAUGGAAAGCUACCAAUGGCAAUGUAACGAUUGCAAGACAUGUGUUAUAUGUAGGUCUUCCGGUGACGAGGCGACAUUGUUGAUUUGUGAUGACUGUGAUCGUGGUUGGCACCUUGACUGUAGCUCACCAAAGGUGACCGAAGUACCAAGCGAUCUUUGGUUAUGUUCACUUUGUGCGCAAUGUGAUUCAUGCGGUGAAAAGGCAGUUUCUUUAAAUAAUGCGGCAAAUAAUUAUCAUCAU